AAGCCCUAGGGGUUAGGGUUUAUGAAUGGCGGCAAGAUUUGGAUGCUCGCGCGGCUAUCGCGCAUUGCACAGGUACCCAGCCGCGCCAGAUCGAUCGCCAUGCAGCCGGUAGCUCAGGAAUCCACCGAGGAUGAGGCGGACGAUCUUGCCGCUUGCUCCAAUGCGGGCGUCUGGAGCUACAGGGAUUUCGCGCAGAUGCUCCACUCUUCCUCCUCCUCUUCCAGUCAUUCGAUCGAGGCGGCGCUGGGCAGGCUACGCCGGGAAAUCUCCACUGACGCCGUGGUGAAGAUCUUCCAGUGCCUCAAGGACGCCGAUCUCGCCUGGGAGCUCUUCCAGUGCCUCUCCUCCCCUCGAUUCGGCUUCCAGCACAGCGUCCACACGGGGAACGCGCUCCUGGAUGUGUUUGCCAGGACCAAGCGCCACAGGGAGGCCGGGAAUCUCCUCAAGAACGAGCUCGCGACGAUAUUUCGGCCGGAUGUGGAGACCUGGAACGUCCUCAUCACCGGCUACUGCCUGGCUCGCGAGCCCGAGGAGGCAUUCGCGGUGAUGAGGGAGAUGGAGGAGGAUUUCGGCGUGGCGCCGUCGCUCAAGACCCACAAUCUCGUCCUCCACGGCCUGUGCAAGUCGGGGAAGGUCCUCGCGGCGAUGGAUCACUUCGAGACGGUGAGGAGAUUCAUGCCGGUGAGCGCUGCGACGUUCUCGAUCCUCAUCAAUGGCCUCGUCAAAGCAGGUAUGCUGAUCCAGGCUCACUCCCUCGCCCAGGAGACCACAACCAAUGGCUGCACGAUCGACAUCCACACCUAUACCACCAUUGUAGACUGGCUCGCCAAGAACAAGAAGAUCCAAGAGGCCGUGGCUCUGAUGGAGAAGAUCACUGCCAAUGGGUGUACUCCCACCAUCGCCACCUACAACGCUCUCCUCAAUGGUCUUUGCAAGAUGGGACGCCUCGAAGAAGCCAUUGAUCUCCUUCGCAAGAUCGUCGACAAUGGCUGCACGCCGGACGUGGUCACUUACACCUCGCUCAUUGAUGGCCUCGGCAAGAAGAAGCGAUCCUUCGAAGCUUACAAGCUUUUCAAGGAGAUGGCUUCGCGGGGACUGGCUCUCGACACCGUCUGCUACACUGCUCUCAUCCGGGGACUCCUCCAGGCCGGGAAAAUCCCGCAAGCUUCCUCGGUCUACAAGACAAUGACGUCCCAAGGCUGCGUUCCAGACGUGGUAACACUCAGCACCAUGAUCGACGGCCUCUGCAAGGCCGGGAGGAUUGGAGCGGCAGUCCGGAUCUUCAAGUCGAUGGAAGCUCGAGGCCUGGCUCCAAACGAGGUGGUGUACAGCGCUCUCAUCCACGGCCUGUGCAAGGCCAGGAAGAUGGACUGUGCGCUGGAGAUGCUGGCCCAGAUGAAGAAGGCGUUUUGCACCCCGGACACCAUCACUUACAACAUCCUCAUCGACGGGCUUUGCAAGAGUGGCGACGUUGCGGCAGCACGGGCCUUCUUCGACGAGAUGCUCGAGGCCGGAUGCAAGCCCGACGUUUACACGUACAACAUUCUCAUAUCGGGGUUCUGCAAGGCCGGGAACACCGACGCUGCCUGUGGAGUCUUCGACGACAUGAGCUCUAGCCGCUGCUCGCCAAACGUUGUCACCUACGGGACUCUCAUCUCCGGCCUCUGCAAGCGCCGCCAGCUGACCAAGGCCUCGCUAUACUACCAGCACAUGAAGGAGAGAGGCUGCCCUCCGGACAGCUUCGUCUACAGCAGCUUGGUGGACGGGCUCUGCAAGUCGGGGAAGCUCGAAGGCGGCUGCAUGCUCUUUGACGAGAUGGAGAGGAGCGGUGUUGCAAACAGCCAGACGCGGACCAGGCUGAUCUUCCAUCUCUGCAAAGCGAACCGGGUCGACGAGGCCGUGUCGCUUUUCAACGCCAUCAGGAAGGAAGGAAUGCCGCACCCUUACGCCUACAACUCGAUCAUCAGCGCUCUCAUCAAGUCGGGCAAGGUGAACGAAGGACAGGCCGUGUACCAGGAGAUGACUCGCUGGUGGAAGCCCGAUCGCGUCACCUACAACGCACUGCUCAAUGGGAUGAUCGGAGCAAACAGGAUGGACAGAGCUCACUUUUAUUACCUGGAGAUGACCGGCAGGGGCUACGUUCCUCCCGUGUCCAUACUUCACAAGCUCGCCGACGACCGACUCAAGGACAUGCCGGCUCCUGCUUCGCGGCCUUGUUCUUCGUCUCGUUCUUGAGCAAGCUUGAUACUCGGUGUUCUUGGCUGUGAUGUCCCUCGGAUGCCAGUAGCUGCGAUGUUGCCAAGCCAUUGCUAUAGAGACAAACUCCAAGAGAACGCUAAGCUAGCUAGCUUUGGCUAGAAAGAAAAGGAAAGAAUAAUAGUCUUGCCU